UCUUCUUCUUCAUAGCCGGAUCAUCUCUUCUGCUGUUAACGCCUGGUACGUCUUCUUCUCACUCAUGUCAAUGCGCUUCAUAGCCGGAUCAUCACCAUAUUCUCCAUUUUCAUAACUGUUAAAAAGUGGAAUCAUCUCUCUCUGAUCUUGUUUUUGCUUUCAUGGGUAAUUCAUAAACGACCCUUUUGUUGACUAUGAUCGAUUUUCUUAUUUCGUUAGGUUAAUGGGUUAUCUGUAAAUGAAUGGAACAACCCAAGAUGUCGAAGAAUUGAAUCCCUAUUAUUAUUAUUAUUAUUGAUUCUGUGUUCUUCGAAUUUUGCCUUUUUUUCGAUCAUCAUAUUCAUUCCAAUGCCUGUCAAAUCCACUUUCUCGACACCUCAGACUAUUAUUGGAUUGCCCUCUCAGGCAUUCCUUUUGAGUCUAUGCAAAAUCUUGGCAGUUGCAGGAUUAGUCCUGUCUUCAGUUUCCUUCUUCAUAAUCAACAACCCAACUUGCUCACAAGGCUCAACUAUCGUAACUCCCUUGAGAAAGAUUUUUGUUCCUCCACCCAGAGAAUACAGCGUCGAUCCUCCUCCUCCCACUGAACUCCACCAUCUUGUCUUCGGUUUGGUUGGAUCAGCCAAAGCCUGGCCUAGAAGAAGGCAUUAUAUAGAAUCAUGGUGGAUUGAGAAUCUCACCAGAGGAUAUAUGUUUCUAGACAAUCCUCCCACGAAAGAACUUUUACCAUGGCCUUCCACUUCCCCUCCGUUUAGAGUAUCAGAAGACAAUUCUGAAACCAUACUACAAUACACGAAACAGAACAACACCAUGGUUCGGAUUGCCCGUAGCUUGUUGGAGGUGUUUAGACAAGGGGAUGAAGGUGUGAGAUGGUUCGUUAUGGGUGACGACGAUUCCAUCUUUUUUCUGGAGAAUUGGAUAGAUGUCUUGAGGAAUUACGAUCACAAUAAGUAUGUUUACAUUGGUGGCCAUUCCGAGAGUGUGUUGCCCAAUUUCAUUCACUCAUUUGAGAUGGGUUUCGGUGGGGCUGGUGUGGCUUUCAGUUAUCCUCUGGCUGCAGCUAUUGUGCCAAGGUUAGAUGAGUGUAUUAAGAGAUACCCACAGCUCUAUGCUGCUGAUCAAAUGUGGCAAUCAUGUUGUGCUGAUAUUGGAGUUUAUUUAUCUGCUCAAAAGGGUAUUCAUCAGAUUGAUCUACACGGAGAUAUAUCAGGGUUGUUAUCAGCGCAUCCACCAGCUCCCCUUCUUUCCCUCCACCACCCGGAGACGGUGGAUCCAUACUUCCCCACUAUGAACCGAAGGGAAUCAGUGAAUCACCUAAUGAAGGCAUCAAGAGUAGACCAGUCGCGACUACUUCAACAAACCGUGUGUUACAACAGGCAAAACGGGUGGUCAUUUUCAGUUUCUUGGGGCUACUCGGUUCACAUCUACGAAUCCAUAUACCCUAAGAGCAUCCUACAGAAGCCACUGGAGACUUUCAAACCAUGGGUGAUAAAGAACAUUGUACCACCUUUCUUCAUAUUCAACACUCGAUGGCCGGUUCGUGAUCCUUGUUUGGCUCCACAUGUGUUCUACUUUGAGUCCAUAUCGGAAGGGGCAGAUGAUUUGAUCGUCACCACUUACUCGAGACACAGACCGAGAGGCUUGCCGGCUUGUUUAGGGAGUGGGAACCAUUCUGCAGAAUAUGUCUCUAAUAUAAGAGUAUUCUCUUCUUCAUCAAAGCUCAAAGGGGAAAAUAGAAGAGAAUGUUGUGAUAUUUUAAGGUUGGAUGAAUCAAACUUAGUGGAUAUCAAAUACAGACAAUGCUUGAAGGAUGAAGUCAUUGGUUGAGAUUAUUAUAGUUUAAUUAAUAGAUUUUGUUUUUUUAAGUUAGAAAUAUCUUAAAUUUUCGAUAUUAUUUUUCCUUAGUCUAUAGUUGGAAGCGAAUAUCGCAUAGACUUUGUUGGCGAAUAUCGCAUAGACUUUGUUGACGCAAACAUAUCGCAGACUUUGUUGAUACAAACAAAUAAAAAUACAUGUGCCAUUACAAGUCUAUACCAAAUA